AUGACUGUCAAUAGCAAAAAGAUUAUAAUACUAGGUGGUUCAUACGGAGCUAUUUUAGCAUUAAGAACAUUACUUUCAAGAAAUAAUAAUCCAUCUGAUAUAUCCUUAUCCAUCAGCAUUAUCUCGCCCAAUGAUUAUACUUAUUUCAAUAUUGCCACUCCUAGAUUAUUAAUAGAACCUGAGUCUGUUGAAAAGGUGGUCUUCAGCAUUACAGAAAUUAUAUCACAUUUAUGUGCUAAUAACCCUAGUCAUAAUGUUGAACAUGUUCAAGGAUCUGUUAGAGAAGUCGAUUUGGAGGAAAGAAAGGUAUAUCUUUAUAAAUCUGACAUAAGCUAUGAUUACGAUAAUUUGAUUGUUGCAACAGGCACAAGAAUGGAAUCGAGUGUUUUCAAAUUAGAUAAUAUUCGUGAUCAAAACUAUUCAAUUCAACAAUUGAAGUCAUUAGUUGAGAAUAUCAAGGAGGCAGAUAGUAUUGCUGUUGUGGGUGGUGGUAUUACAGGAGUUGAAGUCGCGGCCGAGCUAGCAUCAAACUAUGGUAAGGACAAAACUAUCGAUUUGUACACAGGUAAUAAAUAUCCAUUACCCGAAUUGAAAGAGUAUCAUAGAAACAUUGUUAUUGAUAAAUUGACUGAUUUCGGUGCACAAAUCAUUAAUAAUGAAAAAGUUGGCAUUAGCAAAGACUUCAAAUCAAUAACUCUUAGUGAUGGGACCAAGAAGGAAUAUUCACUCAUUAUUCCUGCAUUUAAACAUACUCCAAACACAGAAUUCCUUCCUGAUUCAGUAUUGUCUACUUCUGGGUACGUAUAUACCGAUGGACAUCUCAGACUCACGCAAUACCACAAAGUUAUCGUAUUAGGUGACAUUUUGGAAAUGGCAAUGAGUUCUGUUGUUGAUUUAAUGUAUUCUCAAAAAGCUGUGUUUGAAGCAACUGUGGAUCUUGAAAUAUUCGAACAAAAGUCUGUCCAGUUAAGAGAAUAUCAGAAAUGUGACACGUCCUAUAGGUUUGUGGUUCCUUUAGGUAAAGAUGGGGGGAUUGGGGCAAUGUUUGGUUUUCCCCUUCCUAAUUUUGUAGUAAGAUUUGCAAAGGCUAGAAAUUACUUUAUUCCUAAAGCAAAGGAAUUCUUGGGAUAUUAA